AAAAGCGACAGUGCAGUUGCUUUCAAGCAAUCAAGUGAUAGAAGCAUACAGCCAUCUCGAUACGUGACUUGCACUGUUAUCGAACCGAGGAUAUCUCUCUCUCUUUUCUAAUCCGAAUAAGAUGGUCGCUCCAAAAUCUAGCCGGGGAAUAGGCUUCGAAACAACCAGUCUACGACCACGGUUCUAUGAUUGCGCGCAACAAGGACCCUUAUCUCAGAGAAGGGCAAUAUCCAUGCUGGACUCCGGACGCGAAUAUUUGGCAACGAGUAUGGUGACUAUGAAGAAGAUGCGAAGCAGAACUCUCAGUACAUUGAGACGGAAGCCCCGUUCAACGCAUCAGAGAGGUAGUGGGAGACAGGCUUGUUUAGGCUCACAAUUCCUCUCAGAACCUGGCCUGGCGCCUAGAACUGGUUGCCAGGAGCUGGGCGGUUGGACAACACGCGAACUCAAUGCUAUCCUAGGGAAAUUGACUUCGCUGAAUAUUAUCGGUGUUGAGGUCGUUGAGGUCGCACCGCCAUAUGAUGAUGCAGGAGGAUCAACUGUCUGGGCUGUAGCAGACUUGAUUUAUGAAGUGUCCGGAUUAUAGUGGGGAAUCCACUGUAUCCUGUGGACGGACACAUUGCAGAGAUCACUUAUAGCGGACGUCGGCGUCCAAAGAUCACA